UUGCCCCUCUUCGUCAACCCCAAUCUAGGGUUUUUUUUUUGCAACAAAUUUUCCGCUCGGUUUCUUCAAAUCCCCAAAGGCUAAUUAAAUCAAUUCGCCGAAUAAUCUGCUCAAUUAAUGGUGGAAGGGGGUAGGUGUGGCGGACCCGACGCCGCGGUGGCGGCGGAGGCAGAUUCCGGGUCGAAGCCCGCGUCGUCGUUCGAACGUACUGGCGACCGCAUGCGGUUAACGGUGGAACUGCGGCCUGACGAGACGACUAUUGUUUCGUGGAAGAAGCUCGUGAAGGAAGCCACUUCGAGGAAGGCUAAUGUGCCUGACCCAUCAGCUUCUUUGCCCAAUUUGGAAGUCAAUCAACUGCCCGUUUCUCAGCCUCUGCCUUCGCCUCCCGUCGUUGCGACUUCGAAGCAACCGGCAGAGAAUGGUCCGAAGAGUUCCGAAGCGCAGCCCGGGUCAAACCGUUUGGCUAGCGUGAUUGAGAAAAUCGAGAGAUUGUAUGCGGGCAAUGGAAGCAGCGAUGAUGAAGAUGUUGUUUUAGAUGAUGUGCCGGAUGAUGAUGAGUACGACACGGAGGAUUCGUUCAUUGAUGAUGCUGAGUUGGAUGAUUAUUUCAAGAUCGAUAAAUCAACUUUAAAACAUGAUGGAUUUUUUGUGAAUCGCGGAAAGCUGGAGCGUAUCGAACCUACCAUGUCGACCGACCAGCUACCUAAGAAAAGGAGACGUAAAGAUGGAAUGGGAGGCCAAGGUGGUGAGGAUGGGCAUCGCUCAAAUAAACUUAUGAAAACGGGGAAUAAAAGUAGAAAAGCACCAUCUUUAAUUGAAAGAAACUCAAAAAGUCAGUUGCCUAGUGUGGCUGCAUCUAGCGUACACAGUGCCAAUCUGCUGUCUGAGAAUUAUUUAGCAAAUGCUGCUGAGGUUUCAGGAAAGAAGAAAACCACAGAUACCCAAAUUGCUUCUGUUUCUGUAGAACUACCAAAUUCUGAUGCCAUCAUGCAUGGUAAGGGUGAUGACCAUCAGAGAAAUAAAGUUCUUUCAUUGCUGAACCAUAACAAUAAACAGAAAGAGAGUAGCGAACUUCGAGAGUCUUCAGCUCAGAGGUCAAAUGAUAGAAACUUACAUGGAACCAAAUCUCAAUCUGGAAAGCAACGAAAUAAUGCUGAUGAGCAGGAUCAAUCUGUUCAAGGCAAAACAAAAGUUGAACAUGCUGGCAGAUAUGACCUCCAUGUGCCUGCUAUGAGGGACUCCCAAACUCAGAAGAUUAUGCCUGUGGUAAGAAAAGAAGGAUCUAACGUGAGAUCAAGAAUUACAAUGCUAGAGAAGGCCAUUAGAGACUUGGAGAAGAUAGUUGCAGAAUCAAGGCCACCAUCAACAGAGGUUCAGGAGAAUGAUAAUUCUUCUCAGGGUGUCAAAAGGAGAUUGCCAGCAGAUAUAAAACAGAAACUAGCUAAAGUUGCUAGACUAGCGCACGACAGUUAUGGAAAAGUAUCAAAGGAUGUGAUCAAUCGUCUGAUGAGCAUUGUUGGCCACUUGAUGCAACUUAGGACACUGAAGAGAAAUCUUAAAGUCAUGGCCAAUUUGGGAAUGUCAGCUAAACAAGCAAAGGACGACCAACUACAUAAGAUUAAACAAGAAGUUGCUGAGAUGGUCAGGCAUCGGAUCUCGUAUGUUGACUCUAAAGUGGAGGAACAAAAUACUAAUUCAGAUGAUUUCCAAGAAGCUAGUCCAGAAGAUAAAGAAAUUUUGAAACGAAAACGCAGAAUGGAUGAUGCAUUGGAAAAUAAGAUCUGUGACUUGUAUGACCUUUAUGUCGAGAGGCUUGAAGAGCAUUCCGGCCCUCCAGUUAAAAGGCUCUAUGAAGAGCUUGCAGCACUGUGGCCUACUGGAGUCAUGGAUGUCGAAGGAAUAAAACGUGCAAUAUAUAAAGGGAAAUUUAGGAGGAAGGCAAUAUCUACCCGGCGGAAGGAUCAAGAGAAGAACAAGAAGAAGCUUUUGGCAUCUUCAAAACCCGCGAAUAGUGUCCAAGGGGAAGCUAUUAAUCUUAAUCAGUCCUCGCAUACUCUUGAAAAAAUAUCACUGAGUGACAACACAUCUCGCAAUCCAGCUUCGACUGCUGCUGCUGCUCGUCUCCUCACUCCUACAGGCGACUCAAGCGCAGACAAGCAGAAACAAGAAAGAGUUAGAAGUAGCUCCAACUGCAAUCCCUCCGAUGCCGAAUCAAUGGCCAAGAAGAAAGUGAAAAGGAAGCCGAACCCGGAAAAGUUAGAAGCCGAGCCCUGUAUGGACAAACCGACGGCUUCACAGUCGGAGGAAAAGCAGAAGAACCAUAAGAAACAUGCCCCUGCUCCAGCAGCUAAACCAAAUCUUAAGCCCAACACCUCCGAAGACCCGAGCUGAACUCGGCGGCUCGAUCAGGUUCGAAACUACACAUUUUUUUUUUUACAAUACAAGUGCAGAUCGUCGGGAUUAUCUCUCCCCUGAUCCGAACCUAUUGUUGAAGAUUAGUAAAUUUUUGUAAUUAUUUUCCCUACCAUUAAAGCCUGAAGAAGAUCUCUCUAAUGCUGAACUGUUUAACAGGGGAGGCAGACAUAGAGCGAGUAGUUGUACCUUUUGUUUUACUUGAUGUACAUUGCAAUUUCAGAUAUUUCAACGUGGGUUUUUGGGGUGGGGUAGGAUGGGUUCGUCUGUGUAUGUUUUUAUCUUUUGAAUAUUGAACUUGGGUUGGGAUU